GGAUUGAGGGGCGCCAGCUCUGAUGCAAAGCCAAAUUACAAUUGUGCUCUUUUUGGAUGCAUUUCUAGUUCAUCAAUUGAUCUCCUGCUUUUCAUGUGUUUAUAUUUAAUUAAUAUUAACAUCUAAUUAAUUUUGAAGUUGGCUAAUUGGGGAGGAGCCACAGUUUGAUACACUAAUUUGGGGUGCACCAGACCUGUGGCACAGCAAAACGAAGGCUCGCUUUAAUUGGAGUGCUUUGAUAGCUCAUUCAUUUCCCUGAUUAUUUUUAGCUAUUUCUAAUUAAUUAUUUUUGUUAAUUACCGGGGAGGAGCCACAGUUUCACCCCUUAACUUAAUUGGGGCAGGUCUGAGGGGCGCCAGCUCUGCUGCAAAGCCAAAUUAAACCCUUGCUUCAUUUUUAGUUCAUUAAUUAUCUCCUUCUUCUACGGGAUAUUUUUAACUAAUAUUAGAAUUAGUGUUUCAAUUAAUUAAUGUUUCAAAUUAACGAGCUGGGGGAGGAGUCACACUUUCAGGUUUGCACUGGGGGGCUCCAGCUCUGCUCGUUUGGGAUGCCUGAAAAGUUCAUUAACUUGUCUGCUCUCAGCGGAACAGCGGCGUACCGGAACCUGGGCCAGAACCUGUGGGGGCCGCACCGCUACGGCAGCCUGGGCGCGCUGCGCGUGCGCUCGGUGGUGUCGGGGCCCUGCGCCGCGCACAGCCUGCUCAUCACGGCCGAGGGCCGCCUCUGGAGCUGGGGGCGGAACGAGAAGGGGCAGCUGGGCCACGGCGACACGAAGCGCGUGGAGGCGCCGCGGCCGAUCGAGGCGCUGGGCAGCGAGGCCAUCGUGGCGGCCGCCUGCGGCCGGAACCACACCCUGGCACUGACCGAGAACGGCUCCGUGUUCGCCUUCGGGGAGAACAAGCUGGGCCAGCUGGGGCUGGGGAACCAGACGGACGCCGUGCCCAGCCCCACCCAGAUCCUGUACAAUGGGCAGCCGAUCUCCAAGCUGGGCUGCGGGGCCGAGUUCAGCAUGGUCAUGGACUGCAAGGGGAACCUGUAUUCCUUCGGGUGCCCCGAGUACGGCCAGCUGGGACACAAUUCCGACGGGAAGUUCAUCGCGCGGGCGCAGCGCAUCGAGUACGACUGCGAGCUGCUGCCGCGGCGCGUGGCGCUCUUCGUGGAGCGCACCAAGGACGGGCAGGUGCUGCCCGUGCCCAACGUCGUGGUCAGGGACGUGGCCUGCGGGGCCAACCACACGCUGGUGCUGGAUUCCCAGAAGCGCGUCUUCUCCUGGGGCUUUGGGGGCUACGGGCGCCUGGGCCACGCGGAGCAGAAGGACGAGAUGGUUCCCAGGCUGGUGAAGCUCUUCGACUUCCCGGGCCGCGGCGCCGCCCAGAUCUACGCGGGAUACACCUGCUCCUUCGCCGUCAGCGAGACGGGUGGAUUGUUCUUCUGGGGCGCCACCAACACCUCCCGGGAAUCCACCAUGUACCCCAAGGCCGUGCAGGACCUGUGCGGGUGGAAGAUCCGCAGCCUGGCCUGCGGGAAGAGCUCCGUCAUCGUGGCGGCCGACGAGAGCACCAUCAGCUGGGGGCCCUCGCCCACCUUCGGGGAGCUGGGAUAUGGGGACCACAAACCCAAAUCGUCCACGGCGGCGCAGGAGGUGAAAACCCUGGACGGGAUCUACACCGAGCAGGUGGCCAUGGGCUAUUCCCACUCGCUGGUGAUCGCCCGGGACGAGUCGGAGGCGGAGCAGGAGAAGCUGCGGAAGCUCCCGGAGUACAACCCCCGCACCCUCUGAGGGGCCCCCAUCCCGAUCCCGAUCCCGAUCCCGAUCCCGCUUCUCCAUCCCGGCCGCCGUGCUCCCUCCCCGUUCCCGCAUUCCCAGCCCUCG